GUUUGUGGCAAACGAUUUUUAAGUCAUUAUAUAUUUUUUGACGGCCUGUCCAAAGCAAGAUCUAACAAUAUGGGUCUCGUUGUAUUCGGCUCAUUCAGAACAUAACAUGUCAAGUAAAAUGAAGACUAAAUCGGCCCAAAUGGCUACCAUAUCUGAUUAUCUAGUUUUGCAACAGCUUCUAUCUAAGAUUUUUUCAAGAUCCACAAAACCUAAUUUUUAUAUUAAGUAAUAUAUUUUUUAGCCGCAAUAUUGGUGCAAUGUCAAAAUGGUACCACCUCUUGACUGCGGUUUUGGGGGAAUAUUUCAGCUGCAGUUUUAGUUGAAAUCCCCCUUAUCGCUAACCAAAUACACAGAGACAAUUAAUUAUUAAAAUAUGCAAUUUCAGCUUAAUUUAAACGGGGGAAAUUGGUACUGGUACUAUCAAAGGUAUGGUGAAUUACCAUAUAUAAAUGUGAUCGAUAGUAUUACUCGUUAGUAGUUUUAUUCAAAUACAGACUUGUACCAAAGGGAGGGAGGUGGCGAACCUGUUGUACACAAGUAACUGCGUAAGCUAGCACCCCCUUUGAAUGAAUAUUUUUUCUGCAGGGAUAUUUUGACUGCAGCAUUAAUUGAAAGCCCCUUGUUCCCUCCCAAAUACACAGACAUAUUGGAGUUUUAGAUCAUACAAUUUUGGCUUGUUUUAAACGGGGGAAGUUGGUACUGGUACUAUCAAAAGUAUGGUGAGUGUCUAUAAAAAAUGUGGUUGAUAGUAUCAACUCUUUCGCUGUACUAAUUCCAAUAAGAAACUUGCAUUGAAGGGGGAAGGUGGAAGCUUCUAGUACAGCUGUAGUAAACUACUACAUUUAAUGGGACCCCUCUUAUCUCCACACAAAUACACAAACACUGAAUUUUUAGAAUAUGCAAUUUUAGCUUGUUUCGAACGGGGGAAGUCGGUACUGGGGCUAUCUAAAGUAUAUUGAGUUAUCAUAGAUAAAUAUGAUUAUUAGUAUAGGUCUGAUGGUUUAUGUUCUUCCAAUUACAAACUGCUACAAAGGGGGGACGGCGGAAGCUUCUGGUACGGCUGUAAUUUACUUACUGUGCAUAUUAGAGGGGGUGCAAAUUGUGCACCCCAUACACUGUAAUUAUGCAUGGUAACAGGGUAGUACCCCAUACUAAUAUUUCUUUUGAGAUUGUGGUCACCUCUGUUGUUUGUGGUCUCACUCUGUUGUUUGUGGUCCUUUGGUUUUGAAAAAUAUUUAAGGACAGCCAAUUCCCACUUUUCCCCAAAAUACUUUUUUUACUUUUCUA